AAGUCAGUGUUGACCACUUUUGUCGCCAUUUCAAGGGUGAGGUGAAUCUGAAGGUGCAAUCAAGGGAGAGUGAAACAGAGCACCUAGUGUCAGGAGUGCGAUACCUGAAUAACUGAAAGUCAUCACAGAAACAACCUGGGAGAGAGUGAACAAGACAUCUUGAGUUAAAGAAUACACUCCCGGAGUUCUACAGGAUUGAACCCUGAAUUAAGCUGCUCAGUUGUCUCACCUGAUAAUUUGCCAAAACAAACAUGGAGAAUUCAGAAAAUAAGCAUGUUCGCUUCUCAAAAGGACUUUCUGCUGGAGAACGUUUGGCAGUAGAGGAGCGGAAAAUUAAGUGUGCUGAAGCAUUGGGAAAGUUGCCAGCAAUGCAUAUAACAGAGGACCAGGUUCCAGUCAUCGCUGUAUUAGGCUCCGGAGGUGGCAUACGUGCCAUGUUGAGUCUUUUGGGCUCAUUGUCAGGACUUCAGGAAAUCGGGGUGUUGGACUGUGUGACCUACAUUUGUGGAGUGUCUGGGUCUACUUGGGCUAUGAGUUCUUUAUGUGAAAAUCCUGAGUGGACUAAAGAUUUAGAAUCUUUAACUAAAGACAUCUGCAGUAAGGUAGUAAGACAAGAUGCUUCUUGGGAAAAAAUCAUUGACAUUAUCUUUGAGGAAGAACGUCUCCGGAAAAGAUUGGUGGAAGCUGCCAGAAAAAACGACUUCUCGUUGACAGACGUUUGGGCAGCAGCUGUCAGCUAUCUGAUUGGAAAGGAAAACACUCACUUUCUUUCAAGUCAUCAAAAAUCUGUGAAAAGGGGGAUAAACCCAUACCCAGUAUAUGCUGCAAUUAAUAAAGAAGCCUUCGACAUAGAAGAAAAGUGUCACCCAGAAAUUUGGUUUGAAUUCACACCCCAUGAAUGUGGCUUUCCAUAUUAUGAAGCAUUUAUUGAAACAAGUGACUUCGGGAGCAAAUUUGAAGAGGAAGCUGUAACAAAAAGCCAUCCAGAGCUUGAUGUGUGUCAUUUACAAGGUAUAUGGGGCAGUGCAAUGGCACACGAGGAAACAUUGAGGCGAUAUGUAAAAGAUAAGGUAAAAGACCUCUGGAAAACUAAUGUUGAUUGUGAUCCAGGCAUUGUGGAUUUCAUUUUUGACUCACUACAUGGUCAAGUUGAACAAGGAAUGAAAAUGAUCACUGAGUAUACCAUGAACCAGAUAGAGGAGACUUUUGCAAACGUUAAUGAGUUUUCACAAUUCUUAAACAAGACAAAAGACGCCUUGUUGAACUGGAAGUUUGGAACGAGUUACAACUACCUUCAUGGCUGCCAGUGGUUCAAAAAACAAGAUAAAAACUUGAAAAACAUAGAUAAUAUGAUAGAGAAGGAGUUUGUGUCUCUUGUUGAUGCUGGUUUAGCUAUAAACUGUGCCUACCCUCUGAUGCUACAUCCAAAGCGGAAAGUGGACGUGAUCAUUUCAUUGGACUACAGUGAUGGAGAUAUUUUUGAGACAUUGACACUAGCUAAGGAUUUUGCUGAUGCAAAUAAUCUUCGUUUUCCGUCGGUGGACACAAAAGACGAGCAACCUGAAGACUGCAGUGUGUACAGUGGCCCUUCGACUCCAACAGUUAUUCACAUGCCCCUAUUCAACGAGUUUAACAAGCAUGAGGCAACUAUUUCCAACUAUUCUACUUUACAGUCAGGAUACUCCCAAGAAGAUAUCGACAAACUUUUGAAGAUAGCCAAAGAAAAUGUUACACGAAAUAAGGAAAAAAUAUUGGCAGCAAUCAAGAACGACAAAUGUGCAAAAGAAACUAUCCCAGAAAACUCUGAAAGUUGCUGUCUAUGUUAAAUAUCCAUCAGACCCUCCAUAACAACACAGUCACACUCCUCUCAUCGCCUCCAGUACUGAAAUGUCUUGGUGUCACAGGUUUUGGGACAGGGUGGUCAAAUAAACAUAAAGGCUCUCUGAUUUCAGUCUGUUAGUUUCACUCUCUAUUUUCAACAUCCAUCAUUAUGUUUGUGUCAUAUUUGUCCUAAACUGAAUUAUAUCUCCAUAUAUAAAACACAUGUAGUGCCCUCUAUUUUAUUUGUUAAAUAUGUCUAUGUAAAGAAAGAAUAAAGUGGUCACCCAGGUUAUCUGCCUUCCAUUUCCCAGGACAGGAGCAAGAAAUCUGGAGACAUUGGUGACUUUAGGGCAUUAGAACAUUAGAACACUCUAGACGAGAACAGGCCAUUCAGCCCAACAAAGCUCGCUAGUCCUAUCCACUUAUUUCUUCCAAAAAAUAUCAAGUCGAGUUUUGAAAGUCUCUAAAGUCUUACUGUCUACCACAGUACUUGGUUGCUUAUUCCAAGUGUCUAUCAUUCUUUGUGUAAAGAAAAACUUCUGAAUGUGCGAAAUUUACCCUUAACAAGUUUCCAACUGUGCCCCCGUGUUCUUGAUGAACUCAUUUUAAAAUAACAGUC